AGGCGACUGAAAAAUAAGGAUGGAUUGGCAGCAGUUUCCCCGAGCGUCCGCUACGAUGACGUAAAAUGCUGGCCCUCUUCAAUACCACCGUCCAAGAUGACGUCAUCUCCACCAUCGACCCGAAAAAUGCCACCAAUAUGAACGCCUCUCACGUCCCAGGAGUCUUAAUCCUCACAAAAACUCUCACCGGCGAUGUAUUCAACGUCAUAGACGAACCCAGAGUCAACAAAACAACCGAUCUCAUAGACUUCAUAGUCGUCCAAGUAGCCUUCUGCAUCCUCUAUGCCAUCAUCUUCAUUUUAGGCGUAUUUGGAAAUGUUUUAGUAUGCUUCGUCGUGUUCAGGAAUCGAGCUAUGCAGACGGUAACCAAUCUCUUCAUAACCAACCUGGCAUUGUCUGAUAUACUGCUAUGCAUUUUCGCGGUGCCUUUAACGCCAAUGUACACUUUCCUUGGACGAUGGGUUUUUGGAAGAUUACUCUGCCAUCUCAUGCCGUAUGCUCAAGGAACUAGCGUCUAUAUUUCCACGCUCACACUCACCUCAAUAGCCAUCGACAGAUUUUUUGUCAUCAUAUACCCUUUCCAUCCGCGGAUGAAGCUAAAUACUUGUAUUUUCAUCAUAGUUUUCAUAUGGAUCUUCUCCUUAGUGGUCACAUGCCCAUAUGGUCUUUUCAUGGGUAUACAAAUAACGAAUAACAAGACUUACUGUGAAGAAAGUUGGCCCGCUGACAGAUCGAGAAAAAUCUUCGGAGUAUUUACAAGCGUGCUGCAAUUUGUCAUACCAUUUUUAGUGAUAGCCAUAUGUUAUACAUGCGUUAGUAUAAGAUUAAAUGACCGAGCCAGGUCCAAACCAGGUGCUAAAAACACCAGGAGAGAAGAAGCUGAUAGAGAUAGAAAAAAGAGAACUAACAGAAUGCUCAUUUCCAUGGUGGCCAUUUUUGGUAUUUCCUGGCUUCCUAUAAAUGUAAUCAAUAUAUUCAAUGACUUUUACGCAGCGAUGACAGAGUGGAACUAUUAUUACAUGUCGUUCUUCCUUGCACACUCAAUGGCGAUGGCUUCGACGUGCUACAAUCCUUUUCUGUACGCUUGGCUGAACGAGAAUUUCAGAAAAGAGUUCAAACAAGUCUUACCAUUCUUUGAAUCUACUGGAGGAGUCAGAAACAGUUACCAUUCAGGCCGUAUGCCUACACAUAAAUCGGAUAAAAUCUGCAACGGCAACGACACUAUUCAAGAGACCUUACUCGCUUCUUCAUUCAAUAGAGGACCGUCAUUAAAACAGCGCAUGUUGGAAGGAAAUGGUAGAAAAGACGGGGUCGAAAUAGAAAAUAUUAUAUUAGAGGAUAAACCAAUCUCUGCUACGUACAACACGAAGAACGAAAAUGUAAAUCUACAGUUAAUAGAUGAGGAGUCGCAGCUGAGUGAGUCCAGGGAUGGAAAAUCUGUUGUACUUUAAAUGUGA